AUGCCUAACUCGACCUCGUCGCUCCUGGUCCUGGACUCUGUGUGGGAGGGGUAUCUGUCUCCCCUGUACUUCCUAUUGGCUGUGACUCUUUACCUACUGACGGUGGCGGUGAACUUCCUGCUGAUGGCGGUGAUCGUGCGGCGCCCGUCUCUGCACGCGCCCAUGUUCCUGUUCCUGUGCUCUCUGUUCCUGAACGCCGUGGUGGGCGUGUCUUUGCCCCUCCCCUUCCUGUGGGCGCCGCUGCUAAGCCCCAAACACACGCUGUCUCUGGGCGCGUGCAGUAUGCAGAUGUUCUUAAUGUACUGCUACAGCAGCGUGGAGAUCUUCAACCUGGCGGCGCUGGCUUUUGACCGCUACAGCGCCAUCUGCUUCCCGCUCACGUACGCGCAGCGCGUCACCCCGCGAACAGUGCUGCGUGCACUGUUGCUGAUGUGGGGGGUGGGGCUAGCAGUGGGCACCAACGUGUCGCUGCUGGUGCACCUGGUGUCGUUCUGUAACUACUUCGACCUGAGCACGCUGGUCUGCGCCGAAGACCUGUUCAUCGUGUUCUACAUCCAGGUGUUCGAGCUGCUCUACAUGUGCACCGUGCUGCUGGGCACCAUCCUCUUCAUCCUCUACACCAGCCAUUCCCAAACUCAGUAA